AACCGAGUUAAUCUUAUAUCGAGAUGCAAUAUAGAUAAUAAGAUAACUUAGUUAUCUAAAUCGAAAGAUAGGUUAGGUAUAUCACUGGAAGUUGGAGUUGCGAGCAUGCACCGUUGGCUAUCUUCACCGCAGGCUACGGGCCGCGCAGCAGGGAGAGGAGAAGCUGUUUCACAACGACAGGGGAACUAGCGUUCACUACACACAUACCUACGUAACGUGAAAUUCUAUCUGCUGAACGUACCUAAAUGCGGGUGUAUUCUACCAGUUUAGAGCGUUGGUCGAUAUACGUGUACGCGGCAUGAGUUAGCAAGUCUUGUGAACAACCUAGCUAUGUAAAAUUUUGGAAAAGUUGCGACCUCACGGCUUUACGAAUCUUAUCCAAUGAGGUUUGUUCAUUACAACGACGAUCAGCCACCCCUCGCUGCCUUCUACUUUCGUCAUAUAGCUCACCGCGCAACGGAUACUUACCAGAUGAAGAUAAUGUCUGACGAUGAAGUCACUAUGGAUUCAAUGGACACAGAGGAGGAUAUUUUUACACCUCGUAGUCGUAGCCUUGGCUCUGUAGCUAGAAAAUCUAAGAGUCUACGAACACUUCGAUCACGUGUCCCGUCAAGCCCACUCCUCAACCGCAAUGUUUCCAGUGUCAGGCGGAGUACAAGGAAUAGAAUGCAAACUUACGAUAAUCUGAAUACUAGCUGGAUCCUAGGUACACAAACUCUCAAAGGUUAUCCAAUGUUUCGACAACCAGGCUCAUCAUCUGAUAAAGAAAUGGUUGAGGAAGUGAAUGAACGGAAGCGUGAAUUAAAACGAAGGAUACCUUUGAAAUCGCGAGAAAAUCAUCCGCUGAACAAAGGUCCUACCAGGCACAUUAGAGCGCUGCGUGAUCGAGAGCUUCGAGACAGACCAGAUCGUAGCAAGGAACUUAGGGAAAGACAAGAACGUGAUAAAGAAUCAAGAGAUAGGCCAAAUAUAGAUAAGGAAUCUUUAGAGAAGCACGAGCAGGACGAAGAAUCUAGAGAUGGUGCAGACUCGGUUACGGAGUCGAAAGAAGGGCCAAGACAAGAUGAAGACAGAUCUGAAAAAGAACUGAAAGAUAGAGGAGAAAAAGAUUGUAGAAAUAAAACUGAACUGACUGCUGGACAUGAUGAAAAAGAAAUUAGAAGGACCAAGUCUCUCGGUUCACCUAGGCUUAGAGAAGGCCCUGUGACCAGAUAUAUGUUGGAAAAAGAUGAAAAACCGAAAGCAGAACAGAACGACGAUGAAGACAGUUCUCAAGAGAGUCACAAGCCACAUAACAAUGACAAUUCUGAUAAUGAAGAUGGUUACGAAGAUAUGUAUACAAGAAUAAAAAGAACUAAAAGAGCCACACAGCGCCAACUACAAAGGGAUAAAAAAUUAGUGGAGGAGAGUGAUCUAAGUGAGUCGUCAGACUCUCCAGGACCUCGAAAGUACAGCUUACGGCAAAAAAAACCAGCGGUCGAUAGAUUUCAAGCUAGUGUUGAACCGGUGCAAAGAUCAUUCCGCGUAUUGAGAAGUGUACUCACUAAUUCAAUGAGAAGAUGUAAACACAGGGGUAAGACCACCAGCUCUAGUGAUUCAAGUGAUUCUGAACCACAACGGUAUGAUAAGAAAAAAGGGAAAAAAGCACGGCAAUCAGCAAUACCGCAAGGUGGCCCACCGGAUCGCAAAGCUGACAUUGAUCCCAUCACAGUAGAUACUAAUAUAACAUUCAAUGAUGUCGGCGGUCUAGAAUCACAUAUUCAUUGCUUGAAAGAAAUGGUGGUCUUCCCAAUGAUUUACCCUGACGUUUUUGACAGAUUUCAUAUUACUCCGCCGAAAGGGGUAUUAUUCCAUGGUCCACCAGGUACUGGUAAAACGUUGAUUGCCAGAGCACUAGCCAAUGAGUGCAGUCGAGGUAGUCGAAAAGUUUCAUUUUUUAUGCGAAAGGGUGCAGACUGCUUGUCAAAAUGGGUAGGCGAGUCUGAACGUCAGCUAAGACUACUCUUUGAACAAGCACAGCAAAAAAAGCCAUCGAUAAUUUUCUUUGAUGAGAUAGAUGGCUUGGCACCUGUUAGAAGUACAAAGCAGGAUCAAAUCCAUGCCAGCAUUGUCUCUACGCUACUUGCUCUUAUGGAUGGUCUAUGCAACAGAGGAGAGGUUAUCGUAAUUGGUGCGACAAACAGGAUAGAUGCAAUAGAUCCGGCACUGCGCAGACCUGGUCGAUUCGAUCGUGAGUUAUUUUUUCCAUUACCACCAAGGAAGGAAAGAUUAGAAAUUCUCAAAAUACACGUUAGUAAAUGGGAGAAUCCACCAUCUCCACAAUUGCUGGAAGCCUUAGCUGAGAAAUCUACUGGAUAUUGUGGGUCUGAUCUGAGAGCUCUAUGUACUGAAGCAGUCUUGCAAGGAUUGAGAAGAACAUAUCCCCAAAUAUACAUGACCAGUGACAGGCUUCUUUUGGACCCAACGCAGGUUGAGGUAAAAAAACGAGACUUCGUACAGGCCAGCUCUAUUCUUGUUCCUUCGUCACACAGAGUAGCUCCAUGCGCUGGAAGAAAGUUGCAGCCUUUUUUGGAACCAUUGUUAAAUCCUGCCUUAGAAACAAUACUCGAUACUAUAAAAAGGACAUUUCCACAGGGUAUCAAACCAGCAAUGGCAAAGAUAAAAAUAGUCAGAGGUAUUCAUCGGCCACGAUUAUUAAUUGCUGGUGGAUAUAAGGCAAAGGGACAAGGACCUCAUCUUGCGCCAGCAAUCCUGUAUCGAAUGGAACACUUACCAGUACAUACUCUUGACGUUAGUACGCUUUUUGCAGAAACUGCAAGGUCGCCAGAAGAAGCUUGUGUGCAGGUAUUCAACGAAGCAAGUAGAAAUGUACCGUCUAUUAUUUAUAUCCCAGCUAUUGAUCAAUGGUGGCCCCUUGUCCCAGAAACAGUGAAAGCAGUUUUUCUAUGUCGAAUUAUGGCCCUGGAUCCAACGUUACCAAUCUUAAUAUUGUCAACGAGUGAUACCAUGUACGAAUGCUUGCCAUUGCACCUUCGAAACUUGUUCAGUAAAUUCCGUGGUGAAGUGUACACAAUGAGAAAUCCGAUGUCUCAACAAAGAGCAAAAUUCUUUAGACCAAUUUAUAUGGUACAAAGUCUUAAACCACCACCAAUUAAGAACAAUAAAGUUGCGGUACUGGAAAAAUUACCUUUAGCUCCAGAAUUUGUGCCAAAAAGAAUGACGGAGGAAGAGAGAAUAUCACUUUAUGAGAAAGAAGAAGCGUCACUGAGAGAGCUUAGGAUAUUUUUACGAGAGAUUUGUGCUAAACUUGCUAGGAACCGACAAUUUUUCAUGUUUACAAAGCCUGUGGAUACGGAAGAAGUUCCAGACUACAAUAUGAUUAUCAAGCAACCAAUGGACCUGGAAACAAUGAUGACCAAAAUAGAUAUGCACUGUUAUUUAUGUGCACGGGAUUUCCUUGAUGACGUUGAUCUCAUUUGUAGAAAUGCACUGGAAUAUAACCCGGACAGCUUGCGCGAUAGGCCAUCCCUUGGAAUAUUGAAGAGGGAUCCAGCAGAUAAACUCAUACGGCAUCGUGCGUGUUCCCUUCGAGAUAAUGCUUACGCACUUAUAAAAGCUGAAUUAGAUUCAGAUUUUGAAGACAAAUGUCGAGAGAUAUCUAAAAAUCGUAAGGUUACUGAAAAUAUAGAUGGAGAUGCAGAGAGUAAAAGUUCGAAAACUGAUUCGCUGACAAAUACUGAAAAGAAUGAUAAAAAAGAGUCACCCACUCCGACCAGCGGAAUUAUGGUAAAUGGGAAAAAGUUUUCCACAUCCAGAAAACGUAGAAUACCUGCGUGGGCACGGGGGUAUGUCAAAAAAGUGCACAAGAAGAAAAAGAUUGCUUUUGACGACAUGACUACUGAAAUCGUACGUAAGUCAAGUGUCUCCAUGGAAAAUACAAGCGGUAUAGAUUUGGAAAAAUUCCAAGAAUUCGAAACUGAAGCGAAUAGCGUUCUGAAUGGAAAUGAUCCUCUGUUUAACAACUCUGAUUCGGACAAUGAUUUGCAAUUUGACACACCGAAGGAUUCAUCACAGAGCAAUCACAACGAGGCUGAUAAAGAUAAAAAAAAUGAUGAGAUUAUUGAAAUGGAUGUAACGAUGGCGGACGAUCAAAGACAUGUAGAAAAUGAGGGAUCAAGUGCGUCAUCUAGACGUGAAAGUAUGGACGAGUUAUCAUUUGCCAUUGAGAGUGAUUCUAGUCCUACUAAGAAUGGGGUUAAUGAGAAAGUAAUAGUCGAUAAAAGUGAGCUCGAAACUGCAUUAAAACAUACUGUCGACAUAACAGAGGAUUCUCCGGUAGAAGUAUUAUGCGACAUCUAUGUACAAUUAAGUCGGUGUGUUGGCAAAUACACCCAUUAUUAUGAUAGAACUUCACUGCCAAAGGAUUUGCUCAAGGAACUGAAGCGAUUUGAAGAAUGUGAAACAACAGCUAUUCACAAUGAGGCCAUGAGCGUAGUACAUGCCACCGAAGUGGGGAGAUUCGAAGAGUGCGAAACAACAAUUACUUCUCAAGAAAUCGACAUUCUUAAAGUAACUGAUACGCUCCAGGUCUUAAAUUGAUGAUUUUCUUAAGACAUAUCAGUUCUGUUAACUUAUUACUAUUGAGUAUAUAACACAUGGAAGAUACCAAAUGACAAACAAGACAUGUGAUUCCGUCUUGGACGGUUUAUAUGUAUACUUUGCUAUUACAACAGCUUGUGCACCAAUCUAUUGUAUAAAUUGUUUGUUUCAUUGUGAUAUUUUCUUGCAAUACGUUCAGUGUAGAGAGUAUACUUUCAAAUAGAUUUGAUAAUUUUAUCCUACAAAUACGUAUCUCUUUUUGAGUAGCGCAAUUACUUUUGUUUGACGUACAAAAGAAGAAUUGAAAAUUUUGUAACUAGAAUUGAAUUUCUGGCGCAUAAAGGUUGCAUACAUAUAGGUUGUAUGGAUGUCUUGAUACAAACUGCAAUCAUUUCACAAACUAUCCAACUUAUAAAAAUAAUCUCUGUUUGGUGUCUAUGUAUUUUUAUUGAAUUUUCUCACAUUAAAUUGGAUGGUUUGGACAGGUAAA